GUCAUCAGGAAAAGGUGGAGGCCAAGACACAGGAAUGUGGAUCUGAGUCAGCGGCCUGGAGAGGUGGCUGAGGCCAUGGCUGGUGAGAGAGGAAGCCCUGUGGGGUUUGAGUCCUGCGUCCUCACCUGCAUCCUCACCUGCGUCCACCUCCCUUCCUACGGUAGCUUCUGGACUAAAGACACAUCAGUCCUGGCCGAGUCCUCCUCCAGCGAACGGGCGCUGCGCUGAGAAAUUGGAGAAGAAAUGGCAGCUGGAAAAUAGAUGAGAGAAGGUUAAGCCUACAGAUCCCUCUGAUGUAGAAUUUGCUGUUCUACAACCAGGAAAAAGAAAUAAAUGCAGAUGUUGAAUCAUGCCAAAAAUCUUGUCAAGAGAAUGGAUCAUUUCACACAGAACCGAGCUAUGGAUUCUCUUUCUGGUGGCUUAUUUUCUCCAAAGACAUGUGAAUUCCGGACGCAUGCCCACUAAAGAUGUGGACCCAGAAGCCUUCAUGAAUGUGAGCGAAAUCAUCCGACAUAAAGGCUAUCCUUGUCAGGAGUAUGAAGUCACAACAGAAGAUGGAUAUAUCCUUUCGGUCAACAGGAUUCCUCAAGGUUUAAUGCAGUUAAAGGCAGGCCCCAGGCCUGUGGUUUUCCUGCAGCACGGCCUGCUUGGUGAUGCCAGCAACUGGAUUUCCAACCUGCCCAACAACAGCCUGGGCUUCAUCCUGGCCGACGCCGGCUACGACGUGUGGAUGGGCAACAGCCGCGGAAACACCUGGUCCCGGAAACACCAGAGCCUCUCCACCGACCAGGAUGAGUUCUGGGCCUUCAGUUAUGAUGAGAUGGCUAGAUUUGACCUUCCCGCAGUCAUAAACUUUAUUUUGCAGAAAACGGGUCAGGAAAAGAUCUAUUAUGUCGGCUAUUCACAGGGCACCACCAUGGGCUUCAUUGCUUUUUCCACCAUGCCGGAGCUGGCUCAAAAAAUCAAAACGUUUUUUGCAUUGGCACCUAUAGCCACCGUCAAAUAUGCAAAAAGUCCCGGGACCAGAUUCUUGCUGCUGCCGGACAUAAUGCUGACGGGGCUAUUUGGCAAACAAGAGUUUCUCUACCAGACCAGGUUUCUCAGGCAAUACAUCAUCUACCUUUGUGGCCAGGUCAUCAUUGACCAGAUCUGCGGCAACGUCAUGCUCCUUCUGGGAGGGUUUAACUCAAAUAAUAUGAACAUGGUAAUGGUUGGCAUGUCCCAUGUCAACCCUGGAGACUCUGAAGGUCAUAGGAGACUGAGGCUAUCAGUACCACACUUGACACAGAGUCGAGCAAACGUCUACGUCGCUCAUUCUACUGCUGGGACAUCGGUGCAAAACAUUCUGCACUGGAGCCAGGCAGUGAACUCUGGGGAACUCAGAGCAUUUGACUGGGGGAGCGAGAUAAAAAACCUAGAGAAAAGCAAUCAGCCAACUCCUCUAAGGUACCGAGUUCGAGAUAUGACGGUGCCUACAGCAAUGUGGUCAGGGGGCCAGGACUGGCUUUCGAAUCCGGAAGACGUGAAAGCACUGCUGUCUGAGGUGGCCAACCUCGUGUACCAUAAGAGCAUUCCAGAGUGGGCUCACGUGGACUUCAUCUGGGGUCUGGACGCCCCCCAGCAGGUGUACAGUGAGAUCCUAGGUCUGAUGCAGCAGGAAGAGACGGGUCUCGCCCAGGGGACGUGUGGGGCCACGUUGAUCUGAUGGGAUGCAGUGGGCGCCAGCCAGCCUUCAGGAGAAGCUCUCGGAAGGGGGGGGGUGUUUGUAAGGAAAUUUCCCAGAGUCACAGAGAGAGGAAAACAGGGACAUGACUAAACACGCCUUCAGAUCUUUCUACAUUUGGUACUAACAUUGGCAUUUCACUUUUCAGGUAAUAAAGCUAUUCACCUCAUGAA